UGACGUGUCGACGUCAAACGGAAAUUUGCAGCAGCAAUUCUUUCUAGAAAUCUGUAGAGCAGUUUCACGCUAGCCCCAACCCACGCUAGGUAGGACUGUCUAAGUUUAUCUUGGCUAAACACAGUCAGCCGCUGCAUUGAGUACUAUUAAACACAUCUAAAAAGUGCUGUUUUUAAACGUUAUCUGCUUUCUUGUUUGGAAAUUCGGGUUAUCUUCGUUCAGCCCACUAAAUUAACGUUAACGUUAGCUAACUUAGCCGAGUCACAGCCAAAGCUAACGCUGUUUACGUCAGGUUCUCAUCGGUAUAAUGUCUAGGAUAGACUACAGCGUGUGGGACCACAUUGAGGUGUCGGACGAUGAAGAUGACGUCCACCCGAACAUCGAUACACCCAGCCUCUUCAGAUGGAGACACCAGGCACGUGUGGAACGAAUGGAGGAUUUUAAGAAAAAAGGUGAAGACUUGAACAAGGCACUCAGUGAAUGCCGGCGUAAGCUGGCAGAGGCACAGAAAAAAACAAAAGAGCUGACCAUUUCAUCAACGGAUGAUGCCAAAGCAGAGCUGAGCAAAGCCCAGGCUGAGGAGAAGAAACUGAAAAAAGAGGAGCGGGAUUGGGAAAAGAAGGUUGCGGAACAUGAACGGGAAGAGAAGAAGAUGCCAUGGAACGUUGAUACACUCAGCAAGGAGGGUUUUAGCAAGAGCAUUGUCAAUGCCAAACCCGAAUCUACUGACGAGACGGAAGAAGAGAAGGAGCAAAAGCAUAAAACCUUUGUAGAAAAAAACGAGAAGCAGAUCAAACAUUUUGGCAUGUUGCGACGUUGGGAUGACAGCCAGAAGUACCUCUCCGACAACCCUCAUCUGGUGUGUGAAGAGACUGCCAACUACCUGGUCAUUAUGUGCAUUGACCUCGAGGUUGAGGAGAAACACGCACUGAUGGAGCAAGUGGCUCAUCAGACCAUCGUCAUGCAGUUCAUUCUAGAGUUGGCAAAAAGCCUGAAGGUGGACCCCCGGGGCUGCUUUCGGCAAUUCUUUGCCAAGAUUAAGACAGCAGAUCAGCAGUACCAGGAUGCUUUCAAUGAUGAGCUGGAGUCAUUUAAGGAGCGGGUUCGAGGCAGAGCGAAGAUCCGCAUUGAAAAGGCCAUGAAGGAAUAUGAGGAAGAGGAGCGACAAAAGCGCCUGGGACCUGGAGGCCUAGAUCCUGUCGAAGUGUAUGAGUCUCUGCCAAUUGAGAUGCAGAAAUGUUUUGAUGACAAGGACAUCCAAAUGUUACAAGAUGCUAUUAGCAAAAUGGACCCAACGGAGGCGAAGCUUCACAUGAAGAGGUGCAUAGACUCGGGGCUCUGGGUCCCCAACUCCAAGACAAAUGAUGGGGAUGAAAAAGAGGAAGAUGCUGCCUAUGAGGAGAUAAAACAAGACCAGGGAGAAACUAAGACGGAAUGACCAACUUUGAUCCUAUGAUUUGUUUCUGCAAUUGUACUUACCCACUGUAUUGCGACUCCACUAUGUGUAUGACUAGUUUGCCAAUCAUGGAACAAUGAAAUGACUUCUCUAAAUAUUUAGCUGAGAUUUAUGGGGAUUAGCGUUCACCUAUCUGCACAACUACAGUAUGUUGCAUCAGUAACUCCUGCUUGGAAAAGUGCUGCUCGUGUUAGUUAUCAGCUACAUUUAUAUGUAUACACCUGGCAACUUGUGUAGGAGUGCCUACCUGCUUAAUUUGUGCUGUUGUAUAGUUAAGCAAUGUUCUAUACAUUCAGGUUGUGCAUAAAAUGAAUUGGAUUGUUGGAUUUUUUUGUUGUUUCCAAAUUUAAGAUGUUUUGUUAGACUUUUAGGUCUUGCAACCAAUGUAUUUCCCCAAAGUUACAUUUUCUACAAACUUACUUAACUAAAGGUUGAAUUAUAUCCAACUACUUAAGACCAA